GAGUUGCACGUUUUCAGUGACUCUAGUCGUGAACACUUUUUAAAAUAUUACAUUUGUUAAUACAAUAUAAUAACCAUCAGGAUUAACUCAUAUGAGAGUGAUGAUAAUACCGAACGAUAAUCUCACAGAAGAAAACCGUAAUCUUUCAGAACGAUUGAUACAACAGAUUGUUAGACAUCCGAUCAACUUCUCGGAACGUGAUGUCUUCGAAUUUUUUCGUCAACGAAAUUCAACAUUUGUAUUAAGUGAAAUAAACAUAAAAGGGAUUCACGGUGUGUUUUGUUCCAUUCAGUGCGGACAGUACAAUAAUCAAAUAAUUGGUGAAUAUGAAUGUAUCAAUUUUGAACCUACAGCGUAUGAUAUAAUGUUUAAAGACGUUGAAGUACUGCAGGCGUAUAGUCGAAUUCGUCGUUGUCCUAUAUGUAAUAAAUAUUUAACAAUUUGUAAUAGAGAUAAUUUAUAUGCCACACCCGAUGAAGAUUUUACUAUUUAUAUUUUCAAUACGACUUAUAACGAAAAUCGUCACGUUUCUACUAUCCACAUUUAGUUUAUAUUAUUUAAUACAAAAAUUAUUU